UCAUAUAUAGGUUUGGUUGUUUCGUUCUAGUUUAUUAAACCACGCUCCUUUUCACCCAUUUCCUUCGCGCUUAAACCGUUACUGCACAGUCGCGAACCUGAAAGCUUCUCCUUCAGCCUCAGUUUCAUCCAACAAUGAGAAAUGGAAGGUUGCAAGCCCCCUAAUUGCCAAACAAACGGUAUAGACUGAAGAUAAGAAGAUUCAUUCUCUUCGGUCUAAACGUUUGUGUGCCCCAGUUCCUGAUUUUCAUGCCAGUGUGGUGUGAAUGCACUGGAAGAAUAUAAGCUAUGGACAAACUUUCUGGUUUUAUAUUUUUGUGUAAUGGAAAAACAAAGCCAGAGUGUUACAUGUACCGUGUUUUUGGGCUUCCGGAGGGACAAAAGGAAGUUGUAGAGAAGAUCAAACCAGGGAUGAGGCUUUUUCUUUUUGACUUUGAACUGAAGCUUCUCUAUGGUCCAUAUGAAGCAAACUCUGUUGGAAAGCUGAACUUGGAACCUUCUGCUUUUGGUGGAAAGUUUCCUGCUCAGGUGAGCUUCAGAAUUUGCAAGGAUUAUUUCCCUUUGCCUGAGAGCUACUUCAGACAUGCUAUCCAAGAUAAUUACCGUAAGGGAAAAUUUAAACAGGAACUAGAUGACCAGCAAGUAAGGAGUCUCUUGUCGUUGUUUCGUCCACUUUUUCCAUCUGGAGCAACACCUGUUCCUCCUAAAUUGCCUAGUGUAUCCAUGCCGUUGGCAAUACCGCUUCCAUCCAUAGAGAAUCGGUUUCAGCCCCAAGGAACUCUCCCUUCACGAAAUGCUCCAUACGUAGCUGGGAUGCAACUUGGUCAUAACCCAUCAUUCUUGGAGUCUCAACAUGCUCCAUUGACGUUGCAAGGCCCACAAUAUCCUUGUUCUGGAUCCUCAAGACAGGAACAUCUAUCAAUGAAACUACAAUCUCUGCUAGCUCCAACACUGUGUAUGGAAGAUCCAUAUGUUGCUAUGAUGCAGCAUCAUCAUGCCCCACAAGCUUCAGUGAGUCAUCAUACUGACCAGAGGGUCUUACCAACACAACCUGCUUCAUAUGGAGCCAAGAGGAACAUGGGCUAUGGCCAUCAUACUAUGGAGCCACAAACUCUACCAGUUCCAACUGCCUCAUAUUACUUCCCAGACGCUCAACAAGCAUAUUUGCAAGGGAACCCAUACUACAGUUAUGGCAGGCAUGGGCCUGGUGGAGAGACCUUUUAUAACAAUCAAUACCUUGGCUCUACAAAUACACAUAAUCAAUUGUCCCAGAGGAAGCAAGGAUUUAUAAUGCAUCAGGAAAACACUGUUCAGAACUAUGGUCUCAACUUGCCUGCAACUGCACAUACUGUACAACAUGUGCAAUUGGACACCCAAGCAUCAAUGUCUGGACAGGCAAUAGGGAAUAUUCCUAUUCUUCCUUCAUAUUCACAUGGUCCAACACGCAGGCAAUGUGUGCGGCGUGGGUUUUUUGGUGUGACUUGGAAGUUAUCUGUUCGAGCUAUUGAACCAGUCACUGUAAAUGUAGGGGAAAAGAAUACAUACGUUAACUUUUCUCAGAACCUAUAUUUAAUUGUGUUUAGAACCGGUGGGAUGGGGAAUUGUUGCUCGGACGAAGCCGGCGGGAGGGCUGCCGUCGGUGGUACGGGUACUGCUUCCGCCGGCCAUACCACUACUGCUAAUGACGCUAUUGAUUACUACCUCAAGUCUCGUGGCUUCCGUGGCAUGUUCUUUCAAAUCGAGCUAUCAUUUUCUGCUACAAAUUUGCGGGACCGGGACGUGCUAUCCAAGAGUGAUCCUAUGGUGGUUGUUUAUACUAAAGGAAGAGAUGAACCACCAACAGAAGUUUUCCGCACUGAGGUAGUUCUUAAUUCAUUGAAUCCCACAUGGAUUACGAAAUACUCUAUCACGUUCCAAUUUGAAGUUGUACAAACUUUGCAGUUUCAUGUAUAUGAUGUUGAUACGCAGUUUCACAAUGUAGACGUAAAGAUGCUCAAGCUAGAUGAGCAACAAUUUCUCGGUGAAGCAUCUUGUGUUUUGUCUGAGAUUGUGACCAGACCAAAUCGAACGCUGACUUUAGAUCUUGUACACAAAGAUUCUACAAUAUCAAGCCAACCCCGAUGUGGGCAGCUUGUUGUGCAUGCCGAGGAAUGCAUUAGCUCAAAGACUACAACACAGAUGACAUUAAGGUGUUCGGAUUUGGAACACAAGGAUCUGUUCUCAAGAAUUAACCCUUUUCUGGUAAUCUCAAAAACUGUCGAGAGUGGGAUGCCCAUUCCAGUGUGUAAGACAGAAGUCCUGAAGAAUGAUCACAGCCCAGUAUGGAAACCAGUGUUUUUGAAUAUUCAACAAGUUGGAAGCAAGGAUAGUCCAUUGGUGAUAGAAUGCUACAACUUUAAUAGCAGUGGCAAACAUGAUUUGAUUGGAGAAGUUCGAAAAUCCUUAGCAGACUUGGAAAAGCUUUGUUCUACUGGGGCUGGUCAAAAUUUAUUUUUACAAACAGCUGUUGGGCAUGAUCACAGCAAGGCACUAAAGAGCCAGCUAUUUGUGGAUAAUUUUUCCGAAAGCAUUCAAUAUACUUUUCUGGAUUAUUUGAAAGGAGGAUGUGAACUGAACUUCAUGGUGGCCAUUGAUUUCACAGCUUCAAAUGGAAAUCCCCGCCUUCCUGAUUCCUUGCAUUAUAUUGAUCCUUCAGGGCGGCCAAAUGCUUAUCAGCAAGCAAUCCUAGAAGUUGGAGAAGUGCUGCAGUUUUAUGAUUCAGACAAGCGCUUUCCUGCCUGGGGAUUUGGAGCACGGCCAAUUGAUGGUCCCGUGUCUCAUUGUUUUAACUUGAGUGGAAGUACUAAUCACUGUGAGGUUGAAGGAAUCCAAGGAAUUAUGACAUCAUAUACUAGUGCUCUCUUCAAUGUUUCUUUAGCAGGUCCUACGCUUUUUGGACCUGUGAUAAGCAAUGCUGCACACAUUGCUGGCCAGUCUAUUGCAAAUGGAGGGAAAAAAUACUUUGUUUUGUUAAUAAUUACGGAUGGAGUUGUAACAGAUCUCCAGGAAACCAAAGACGCCAUAGUGAAGGCAUCUGACCUACCAUUGUCAAUCCUCAUUGUGGGAGUUGGAGGAGCUGACUUCAAAGAAAUGGAGAUUUUAGAUGCUGAUAAAGGAGAAAGACUGGAAAGUUCUACCGGACGUGUUGCUUCACGUGAUAUAGUUCAGUUCGUACCAUUUCGAAGUAUUCAAAGUCAACAAAUUUCUGUGGUUCAAGCACUUCUAGCUGAAUUACCAACCCAGUUUUUAACCUAUAUGCGAUCCAGGAAUAUUCAACCAAAUAUUUGAUUUGUAAAGUUGUACAUAUGGAAAUUAAUUGUCACUGUGUGGAUUUCAUGCAAUGAUUUUCCUUUUUUAAGGCCGUGGUGCCAAAUGCAAUCAUGGUUUGUAGGUAAUGAGAGGCCUCAUCGUCAUCUUUCUGGAAGAGGUAAUAUAUGCAAUUUUCACAGGUUUAUCAAUUCAACGAGACCUCAUGGCAAUUGGCUAGGGUUAGCUGCACCGUCUUUUGUCAUGUUCAUAAGGGCUGGACAAAUUUUAAAUUGUUGCCAGCUUGAAAUGGUGGCAGCUCUUCUUUGCUCAGAACAGAUUGAAAUGGUGGCUUUUCUAGAGUUACAAUCAGGUUAUAGAACAAUCAUGGAAGAACUGAUGCACUGAAACCAGCUAAUGAACGAUCAGAGAACACCCUACUCUUUGUAAGAAGGGGGAACUGAGUGGCCACCCUUACCCUUAUCUUGCAUAGCAAAAAAGAAAAAUGUUUUGCUUUCAUUGAUGCCUUUUGGCGAUUUGUAGUCCAAAUAUUUCUUGUUUUUGUCCUAAAUCCACAUACAUUGUUCAGUUUGAAAAUGAUCCACUAAUUUCUGUUCCA